UGCUAAAAAAAAUUAUUCUGGUAGUGCUCCACCUCUCACUCUCGGCCUGAAUAUUAUACCCGCGCCAAUUACUUCCUGCACAAGUGAAGGUCCCAACGAGAGAGACUAACAAUGUCGCAUAUGCUCUGGUCCAUCCCUGUAUAAAGUCGCCGCGAGAUCCAGCAGGAACCUUUUCCUGCUCCGGCCGCCAUUGCCGCGACCUUGCUCACCUUGCGCAAGCUUCUGCAUGCGCUUGCAUGGUGAAACUCUUCUCCACCUUGUCCAUCUCUUGAUGUUCAACCCGAUCUAGACUAGAGCUAUUUGAUUCCAUUGCACCACCAAGAUUGUAUUCUUGGGUUCUUUGUCCAUGGAGGGGGUGGAGGAGGCCAACCGGGCGGCGGUGGUGAGCUGCAAGAGGCUGGUCGCGCGCCUCUCGUUGUCCGCCGGCGACCCGUUCCGGCUCGCCGCCGUCGCGGCCGAGACCGAAGAGGCCGUGUCCCGGUUCAGCAAGGUGGUUAACAUCCUCGGCAAUAGGGUUGGCCAUGCGAGGGCGAGGGUCGGCCGGAGGAGCUCGCCGCCGGCCGACCCGAUUGCGAGGUGCCUCCUUGAGUACCACCCUCCCCCGCCGGUGCCGUACUGCCCACCUGCCAGUGCCCCCCAACUCCAUGGGAGUAGCAGUAGCACUCCUGCGCCGCCGCCGACGCCGCUGAAGCAGAUGCCGGUGCCGGUGGCGGCGGCGGCUCCCUGUGCCGCCGGCAACGGCAAGGUCGUUGCACCGGCGGCCAAGGGUGCUGCGGACAGGGACAUGUUCUUCCAGACGCCGCUCCUGGAUUUGAGUGCGUGCAGCAGCGUUACUCCCGCCUCCAUUGCCGCCGCGCAGAUCAACGGCUCGAGACUUUCCGCAGCUCCGGCGGCCAAGGCUCCAGACAGGGACAUGUUCUUCCAGACGCCAAUCCUGGAUUUGAGUGGGUGUACUCCCGCCUCCAUUGCCGCCGUGCAGAUCAACGGCUCCAGAGUUUCGGCAGCUCCGGCGGCCAAUCCUCCUCCUGCCCCUCCACCUCCUCCUCAAAUCCAAUUCCACCAUCAGAUUCCGCAGCAGCAGCAGCAGCAGCAGCCGCAGAAGAGGAUACUCGAGCAGCAGCAGAGGCCGGCCAGCAGCGACAACAAGAGGUUCCAUUUCGAGCCGAAGCCGGCGAGCGAGAAGCCGUUCCACAUCGAGAUCCCGGCGGCGAGGAGCGGCAAGGAGCCGGAGGUGAUCACCUUCAGCUUCGACAACUCGGUGUGCACCUCGUCGGCGGCCACGUCCUUCUUCACCAACAUGAGCAGCCAGCUGAUCACCAUGUCGGAGACCUCCGCCUGCGCGCCGGCGUCCAGGAAGGCGGCGCACAAAGCCGACGAUGACGGCAAAUGCCACUGCCCGAAGAAAAAGAAGCCGAGGGAGAAGAGGGUGGUGAGGAUGCCGGCGGUGAGCGACAAGGUGGCCGAUAUACCUUCCGACAGUUACUCGUGGAGGAAGUACGGGCAGAAACCCAUCAAAGGCUCUCCACACCCAAGGGGAUACUACCGGUGCAGCAGCAUCAAGGACUACCCGGCGAGGAAGCACGUGGAGCGGUGCCGCGGCGACGCCGGGAUGCUCAACGUCACCUACGAGAACGACCACAACCACGCGCAGCCACUCGACCUCGCCACGCUCACCGCCAACUCCGAAGCCUGACCGAGGCUGCCGGUGCCAGAAGAACUCUGAAUUUCUAUGCCAUGGAUGGAGCAUGCCAUUCAGCCUGACCAAAUCUGAAUGCAAGUGAAAAUUGUAUGAGGAAGGCGAAGAUUUCGCCUACGCGUCUUUCGCAAUGUAUAGUGAGCACUUGAUUGUCCUUUUGGAUUGUAUCCUGUCGAAAAAUCGCUCCGUGCAAAUGCUUGUUAAAUUUCCUUGUAGAACUAGUACUAGCUUUGCUUGUUU